CCCAGGGCAUUAGAGUCUAAAGCUGGACAGCAUUGGUUUACGCAAGGAGUUAAAUGGAAUCUGAGGGACAAAUUUUUCAUACAGAGGGCAGUAGGUAAAUGGAACAAUUUGCCAAAGGAGUACAAUUACAUUAAAAACAUUUGGACAGGUACAUUGAUAGGACCGGUUUGAGGGAUCUGGACCAAACACAGGUCAAUGGAACUAGCUCAGGUAGGCACUUAGGGUGGCAUUGCGUUGGGCCAAAGGGCAUGUUGCCGUGCUCUAUGUCUCUACAACGAAGAGCACUGUGGUGAACCUUCACCAUAACGACUACAGCACUUCAAGAAGCUCCCCCAGACUGCCACUUUAGUGCCUGCUCACUCCACUUUGAACUGCUCACAUCGCGACACCCAUGGCACGUGCUCUGCGAGUGAGGGACAGCUUCCUACAGCAGCUCGACCUUGCACUGAAAGAGGAUCAUUCCAUGCCUAUGGAUCUGCACUCUGAACUCGAAUCCUGCUUCACAGGAACAAAACCCACCCCCACGGUUCCUUUCACCCUCCUGAGAAAACUUCACAGAUUCUUACAAAAGAAAGGGUUUCCUGUGUAUCUGCACGAACUUCUGGAGGGAGCAGAAAUAUUUACACCAGAAGUGAAAUUGCCUGAGAGGAACCCGGAGCUGGUGGCCAGAUUGGAAAAGAUCAAAGCAAAGUUGGCAAAUGAGGAGUACAGACGGAUCACCAAAAAUGUCAACUGCCAGCAGAUAAACCGAUAUGGCACACUGGGAGAUAUGGGGAGGCAAGUGCGAUCAGCCAAGGCGCUGGUGGUAACAAUUUUUAACUUCAUGGUGACGGUGGGGGCCGCAUUUGCCUGUGCCUACCUGGGCAGUCAGUACUUCUUCACGGAGCCAGCUGCGUGUGUUCUCUGUGCACUUAUUGUGGCCUCGGUUGUGGGGUUGGCAGAGCUGUAUGUGCUUGUGCGGACAAUGGAGGGAGAACUGGGAGAGAUGUAGCAGGCGGAUCGACGUGUGUGAGCCCCGGCUGUGGUCUCACUGGAACAGCCUCGUGUUUGACCGGCACAGUUUGGCUGGAAUCUGGUUGGUGUGGCUCUGGUCCUGCGAAGCUUUGUACCUAUAAAUCUUGACUUUGUGAAUACCAUUGUGCUGGCAUGCUACUGUUUAUGUUAUUUUUACAUGUUCUUGUGCUGUGGCGAAGGGGUCAUUUGUUGUUCUAUAUGUUACUUUAUGGGCAUUUAAGGGGUAAUUAAGUUGGUGUGUAUCGGGCCAGACCAGAUAAGAAAACACAUUUUCUCCCACAAAGAAAAAAUGAGCAAGUUGUGCCUUCCAACAACCUGCCGGUUUUGUUCUCAUUUUUCUUUAGUUGAAUUUAGUUUCACAAUUUGCAAAGCUCUCAAUCCAUUAAUUACAGACUGAAUACCAGUGUCCCUUUGUGUGAACAGCUCCAUACCUGAGUCCAGCGAAGGUUGAUGCAGAGUAACUGGUCUGGGAAACUACAGGCUGAAGUACAGCAACAACAGCUUGCAUUUAUGUAGCACCUUCAAUGUUGCUAAACAUCCCAAGGUGUUUCACAGGAACAAAUGUAAACUGACACAGAUGACCAAAAACUUAGUCAAAGAAGCAGGUCUUCAGGAGCAUCUUAAAGGAGGAAAAGUGAGAGAAACUGAGAGGCUUACAGAGGGAAUUCCAGAGAUCAGGGCCUUGACAACAGAAUACCUCCAAAGACACGAUGCUUAACAUCAGGGAUAGUGAAGGCGGAAUUAACAGAUAUCCAGGGCCCGAAGGGGCUCCAGAGGAAAGGAGGGCAGGGCCUUGGAGGGAUAUGAGCAUUUAAAUUGGGAGGCCAGUGGUAGGAAGAGUCCACCGUGUGUUUGAUGCGGAGUCAAUGUGGCAGGGACAGAGGCAGAAGGAAUCGGUUGCAUGAAAUGGGCCCUUCAACAAGAGAUUUGUCCCAUUUCCUGAUUAGACUGGUCUCGAGUUGAGACCUGGCUCUGGUUUCAGGUGGAGUAGGCACCUCAUUAGACCUCCCUGUUAACAUGAUUGAUUUUGAAUUGAAUAUUUCAUGCUGAAAACAUUAUUAAAUGUAAGCCCAGGGAAGCCCAUGUGAGGAUCCUGGUGUGGGCACAAUGAAAUGUUGAGUCUGCCUAUCCUGUAUCACUAGGACAAUGUUGGUAGCUUGUGGAAUCUUGCACCUUAGCAUUGACCUGCGAGGUUGCUGCAUUCUAACGUGAACAUUGGAAACAGUCAGUGGAAUUGGCUCCAAUACAUGCCGUCUGUGCCGAGGGUGUAUGAAAGGACAGUGUAGAGGGGGAUUGCUCUGUGUCUAACCCUUUCUUUGGUUUUGUCUCCAGGCCCCCAUUUCAUGUCUUCCCUUUGUUAAUGUCCCUUUUUUUUGUUUUAAUACAAAGUAUUUUGUUGAUGUUUUAAAUAACUAAUGUAAAAUGUUGCUUUCAGUAUCCGGGGUGCACCCCUCCUUUGCAGUGCCCCGAAAGGCCAGGGAGCCAGCAGAUACUGUCCGCUCCCUCCCCAGGGACAUCCUGGAACAAAUGUAACCUGGGAAUGGGUCAGGCAGUGGUUAUCUUGAAACAUGGAGCCCCAAGGAAGUUUAAAGGAGAGAAGGGUUAGAUACGGAGUAAAUCUCGCCCUACACCCUCCCAGGGCAGGGACAGUACUGCAGGUUAUUUCUGUCAGGCACUGCCUUCGGGAUGACACACAGCUCUGGGCUCUGAGGGGAGUUGCCUUUUCAGAGUCUGGGCCAUGGCUACGUCCAGUUCCAGGGACCCCUUUAGCAGAGGGGUGGGGGGGCCAGUCAUGGGGAUGGACUUGGCAGUGGAUGAGGGAGUCUCUAGCAGUCCUGUGGAACGAUGAUGUACAAAGGGAUUGGUCAGCUCCCUGGUGAAUGUGGAUGGUCUCCUCCCCCCAGGGCCUGCUCCCAACUCCCAGCAUGGGGCACCUCCCUGACCAGCUCCUCAUUCUCCUAGGGCCACUCCCAGCAUGGGGCAAUAGUAUCUGCCCCCACUCCUUUCCCUGGCUGUGUACUCCAGACCCACCACUCACUGAGGAAAUAAACUCUUCCUCAGGUCACUUUUGGUUCUGUUACCAAUCUCCUUCGUUCUACAUCCCAGGUACUUGACCCCUCUGCCAAUGGGAACAGUUUCUCUCGGUCAUCUCAGUCUGUACCCUUUGUGAUUAUAAAUCCCUCCAUCAGAUCCCCUCACAGCCUCUGUUCCUGGGAGAUCAGCCCCAGCUUCUCCAGUCCUUCCACAGGUCUAAAGUCCCUCGUCCUCAGAAUGAUCCCAGUUUAACAUGUGGCUAAUGAGAUGGUGCAGGGAGGAGGGCUUCAGAUUUAUGGAUCAUUGGGCUCUCUUCCAGGGCAAGUGGGAUCUGUACAAAUGGGACAUUUUGCACCUGAACUGCAGAGGGACCAAUAUCCUUGCGGGAAGGUUUGCUAGUGCUGCUUGGGGGGGUUAAACUAGAGUUGUGGGGGGGUGGGAACCAGAGUGUCAGGGCAGCAAGUGGAGGGGCGGUGGGGAAAGUAGAUGUUAAACCUACAAGCAAAGACAGAAAUUGACUGUUUGAUGAGCAUGGUGGGACUAAUGUUCUGAGAUGCGUCUAUUUCAAUGCGAGAGUAUUGUAGGUAAGGCAGAUGAACUUAGAGCAUGGAUCGGCACGUGGAAUUAUGAUGUGCCGCCAUUAGUGAAACUUGGUUGCAGGAAGGGCAGGACUGGCAGCUCAAUGUUCCAGGGUUCCGAUGUUUCUGACAUGAUGGGGGGGCGGUGGUAUUAAAGGGGGAGGGUGGCAUUACUCAUCAGGGAAAAUGUCAUGGCAGUGCUCAGAGAGGACAUACUGGAGGGCUCGUCUAAUGAGGCAAUAUGGGUGGAACUGAGGAAUAAAAAAGCGAUGACCACGUUAAUGGAACUAUAUUACAGACUUGCCGAUAGUUAGCAGCAGGAUGUAGAGGAACAAAUUUGUAGAGAGACAGCAGACAGUUGCAAGGAAAAUAAGGUUGUGAUAGUCGGUGAUUUUAACUUUCCACAUAUUGACUGGGACUCCCAUACUGUAAAGGGAUUGGAUGGGACAGAGUUUGUUAAGUGUGGUCAGGAAAGUUUCCUCAAUCAAUAUGUAGAGGUCCCAACUAUAGAGACAGUGAUACUGGAUCUCCUCAUAGGGAAUGAGACAGGAAGUGUGUGCAGGGGAACACUUUGGACCUAGUGAUCAUAAUUCCAUUAGUUUCAAGAUAAUCGUGGAGAAGGACAGGACUGGUCCUCGGGUUGAGGUUCUAAAUUGGAGGAAGGCCAAUUUUGAUGGCAUCAGAAGGGAUCUGGCAGGGGUGGAUGGGGAUAGGCUGUUUUCCAGCAAAGAGAUGCUUGGUAAGUGGGAGGCUUUCAAAAGUGAAAUAUUGAGAGUACAGAAUCUGUAUGUUCCUGUUAGAAUAAAAGGCUGAGGUUCAGGGAACCUUGGUUAUCGAAGGAUAUUGAGGCCCUGGUCAAGAAAAAGAAGUUGGCACAUAUCAUGAAAAGGCCGUUAGGAUCAAAUGAGGUACUUGAGGAGUAUAAGAAAUGCAAGAGAACACUUGAGAGAAAUCAGGAGGGCCAAAAGAGAACAUGAGGUUACUCUGGCAGACAGGGUGAAGGAGAAUCCCAAGGAUUUCCAUCGUUAUAUUUAAGAGCAAAAGGGUAGCAACAGACAAAAUUGGUCCUCUUGAAGAUGAGCGUGGUCAUCCGUGUGGAGCCGAAAGAGAUGGGGGAGAUCUCAAGUGAAUUUUUUGCAUCUGUGUUUACUCUGGAGACAGACACAGAGACUAUAUAGAACCAAGACAAAAGAGUCCUGAGGUCAUGGACCAUAUGUGGAUUACGGAAGAGGAGGUGCUGGCUGUCUUGAGGUGAAUGGAGGUGAAUGAAGGUGGAUAAAUCCUCAGGGCCAGACAAGGUGUCCCCUCGGACCUUGUGGGAGGCUGGUGCAGAAAUUUCAGGGGCCCUGGCAGAGAUAUUUAAAAUGUCCUUAGCCAGGGGUGAGGUGCCGGAGGACUGGAGGAUAGCUAAUGUUGUUCCGUUGUUCAAGAAAGGCUCUAAGAAUAAGCCAGGUGAUUAUAGGCUGGUGAUCCUGACGUCAGUCGUGGGUAAAUUAUUGGAAGAUCUUCUGAGGGACAGGAUAUGUACAUAUUUGGAUAGACGGGGCCUGAUUAGGGAUGGUCAACAGCUUUCUGCGUGGUACGUCACGUCUAACUGAUCUUAUUGAGUUUUUCAAAGAGCUUACCAAGAAGGUCGAUGAGGGAAAGGUGGUGGACAUUGUCUACGUGGACAUUGUCUACAUGGACUUCAGCACGGUCUUUGACAAAGUCCCAUGUGGGAGGCUGGUACAGUAGGUUAGGUCACUUGGCAUUCAGGAUGAAGUAGCCAAUUGGAUUUAACAUUGGCUUAUAGGGAGAAGCCAGCGAGUGGUAGUAUAUGGUUGUCUCCCUGAUUGGAGGCCUGUGACUAGUGGUGUCAGUGCUGGAUCCAUUGUUGUUUAUCAUCUACAACCAACGAUUUAGAUGAUAAUGUGGUAAAUUUGUGGUGUGAUCUGGACCAGCUGGGAAAAUGGGCUGAAAAAUGACAGAUGGAAUUUAAUGCAGACAAGUGUGAGGUGUUGUACUUUGGGAGGACAAACCAGGAUAAGACUUACAUAGUGAAUGGUAGGGCACUGAGGUGUACGGUAGAACACAGGGAUCUGGGAAUACAGGUCCAUAGUUCCUUGAAAGUGGUGUUACAGGUAGAUAGGGUGGUAAAGAGAGCUUUUGGCACAUUGGCCUUCAGAAAUCAGGGCAUUGAGUACAGGAGUUAGGGUGUUGAAUUGAAGUUGUACAAGAUGUUGGUGAGGCUGAAUUUGGAGUAUUUUCUGCAGUUCUGGUCACCUACCUACAGGAAAGAUAUCAAUAAGCUUGAAAGAGUGUAGAGAAAGUUUACAAGGAUGUUGCCAGGACUUGAGGACCUGAGUUACAGGGAAAGGUUGAAUAGGUUAGGACUUUAUUCCCUGGAGCGCAGGAGAAUGAGGGGAGAUCUCACAGAGGUAUACAAAAUUAUGAGGGGUAUAGAUAGGGUGAAUGCAUGCAGGCUUUUCCCCCCUCAGGUUGGGUGAGACUAGAACUGGAGGACACAGAUUUAGGGUAAAAAGUGAAAUAUUUAAGGGGAAUCUGAGGGGAAACCUGCCAGCGGAAGUGGUAGAUGCGGAUUCAAUUGUAACAUAUAAGAGAGGUUUGGAUAGGUACAUGGAUGGGUGGGGUUUGGAGGGAUAUGGUCAGGGUGCAGGUAAUUGGGACUAGGCAGAUCAGGUUGGUAUGGACUAGAUGGGCUGAAGGGCCUGUUUCUGUGCUGUAGUACUCUAUGACUACAUCUGCCACUCCCUCUCCAGAGCAUGCACAUCUUCCCUAAAGUGUGGCCCAGAACUGGACAUGAAGCUGCAGCUGUGGCUGACCCGUGUGCUAUAAUGUCCUCACUCCCGCACUCUGCGCCUCCGGUUAUAAAGCCAGGAUCCACUUCCCGCCCUGCCACUGUCGGUACUCAGUUGCCCCCAGGUCUCUCCCUUUUACCUCUUCCAGAGUCUUGCCCUCUGGUUUAUAUUGCCUGUUCUCAUUCUCCCCAACAAAUUCUCACCUCAGCAGUAAAUUCCACUGCCACCUCCCUGCCCCUUCCACCAGCCUGUCUGUAUCUGCUUGAAGUCUCCGACUAUCCUUGCUGUUCGUUCACCAUGCCUACAAGUUUUUCUGAUUAGUGUUUCUGUAACUUUCCCCACACCAAGGUUAGACAGACAGGUCUGUGGUCACUGGGUUUAUCCAUGAACCUUGCUUUUGGAUGAGGCUAUAACUUGUGCAGUUUGCAUUCUCUGCAAUUCCCUCCCUCACGUCCUGCAGUAACCAUGGAUCUAUUCCAUCUAGACUCCAGAGUCUCAGCAAUACUUCUUUUGCCGAAGCUCGUCAGAACCUUGUCCCCGGGAGAACUGUGGCAAUGUGCUCACGACACCCCAGCCCUCCUCUGUGAGUAGAUUCACAGCCCCAGUUAAUGUCUGUCUGCUGUUUACAAAGGUUCAACAGUAACAUGCUUACCUUGUGUAAAUUCCAUCAGAAUCUCUGCUCUACAAAGCAGACUGUGCACUGGGAGCAGAAGCACGUGCAGGUACAAUUGUGUCUUGUCUGAGUCUCUGGCUGGGUGUGAGAUGUAACUCCACACUGGAUUCUGCCACUGGUUAUGUUGAAUAUUAAACCAACCCAUCACCUCACUUGUGCUCAAAGUAUAAUUUUUAAAUAUGAGGUUGCAGUUCUGCAUGGAACUUGGCGUUGCCCAUGUUUAGCUCCCACUCAAUUUGAUAUUGAAAUCGGGAUUAAGAGAUUGCUGGAACUCCUGCCCUUUGCCAGGGCUCCCUCUGGCAGGGCAGGUGGAGAGCAGGUUAGCAACUGGAGUGAUGAUGAGGCUUUGAAGCAGAGCAAUAGUCGAUGAUAUUCAGAUAUAAAAAAUCCCACUGUAAUUAAAAGAUCAUCUGAGAGGCUCAUGUAUAGAACAAUCUGAUUGUUGUAAAUCAAAGGGUUUUAGAUAUAAAAUAAUGAAAAAAGUUAUCAUUUCAUUGUCCUUUGAAUGAGGCUGUACAAUUGUGCUUCAGUCUGGAUUAGUAAAAGGAUCAGAAAGUCUUGCAGCAAAAGGUUCAGGA